AUGAUUCAAACUUCGAUAAUAACUGGGCAACAAGCCCGACUUGCAUCACGAAGCAAUGCACACACGACAUCAACGUCAGGCCUGGCACCUGGAUAUUUACAAGCAAAUCUUAUUAUCUUGCCGUCACGGUACGCAAGCGAUUUCCGCAACCUCUGUGCUAGAAACCCCGUCCCAUGCCCCCUAAUCGCCGAGUCUGCAACCACCGGAUGCGGUGACGCGGUGAUAUCCCAUAUCAACACCCUUCGCGGCGAUGAAAUUCUCGGUAAAGGGAGUGACCUAAGGCGAGACGCACCGCGAUAUAUGGUGUACAAGGAUUCGAAGUUGGAGAAGAGCCACUGCAGCGAUAUUACAGAGGAGUGGACGAGCGAUCAUGUUGCGUUUCUGAUCGGCUGCUCAUAUUCCUUUGAGGCUGAGCUGACUGCGGCUGGACUCCCGCCACGACAACUGGUGCUAGGGAGGAACGUGCCCAUGUAUAGAACGACUCUACGGUUGUGUCCGUCUGGGGUGUUUCGAGGAGCCACGUACGUUGUGUCUAUGAGGCCGUACAAGAGACGGGAUAUCGAGAUGGUGAGGAGCAUCACAAGGAGGUUUGGGGCUACACAUGGGGAGCCGCUGGAUUGGGGGUGGGAGGCGGUGGAGAGGCUUGGGAUUGAGGAUAUUGAUGCGCCAGAAUGGGGGGAUGCGCCGAUGGAUGGAGAUGGGAAGCGAGCGUUUGGACGGGCGAGAGCCGAAGGUGGAGGUGAGUGUGAAGACGAAGAGAUUCCGGUGUUUUGGGGCUGUGGAGUGACGCCGCAGGAGGCGGUGAUGAGAGCCGGGCUGGAGGGGGUGGUGAUGGCUCAUGCGCCGGGACAUAUGCUGGUGUUGGAUGCUCGAGAUGAGGAUAUCGCAAGGUGA